AAAAAGCGUUGUACAGCGGAAAAAGCAACUGAAAGGAAGACACUUUUUGGUGAUAGGUACGUGAUACUUCCAGUAUGUCCUGUGGGGAUUCCUAAUGCCAACAGCGGAGGCAUCGAUGAUUUCCAUCUUUCAUCUGGCAGACGGGACUCAUUGUCCGUGAGAGGGGACCUCUGUAACCCCCACGCCCCUCCACCCCUCCGCCCGUCCUCUCCUCCCCAGCUGUCACUGCUCUCCCUUUCCCUCCCUCUCUUGCAUACCCUUUCCCCAACAUUUCUGGACCCCCCCCCCUUUCUAGCAUCAUCUCCCAUCCCCCACCCCAUCACCCCACAGCCACCAUGGCAGCACGUCCCGUUCGGCCAAACGGCCAGUCUCCUGCCAGCAAGGUCUGCCAGUUUAAGCUGGUGCUGCUUGGGGAGUCGGCAGUUGGAAAAUCCAGCCUGGUCCUGCGCUUUGUGAAAGGACAAUUCCAGGAGUUUCAGGAGAGCACCAUUGGAGCUGCUUUCCUGACACAGACAGUUUGUUUGGAUGACACCACAGUGAAGUUUGAGAUCUGGGACACGGCAGGACAGGAGAGAUACCACAGCCUGGCACCCAUGUACUACAGAGGAGCACAGGCUGCCAUUGUGGUGUACGACAUGACCAACACAGAUACAUUUGGUCGGGCAAAGACCUGGGUUAGUGAACUGCAGAGGCAGGCGAGCCCAAACAUUGUGAUUGCCCUGGCUGGAAAUAAAGCCGACCUAUCUGCCAACCGGACCGUGGAGUACGAGGAGGCGCAGGCCUAUGCAGAUGAUAAUAGCCUGCUGUUCAUGGAGACCUCUGCCAAAACUGCAAUGAACGUCAAUGACCUCUUCAUGGCCAUAGCUAAGAAGCUGCCAAAGAGUGAACCUCCGGCAGGGCCAGGAGCUGCUGGGACGGGCCGUGCAGGCCGAGGAGUGGACCUCAACCAGCCCACUCAGACCAGCAGGACUCAGUGCUGUGGGAACUAAAGAGGAUGGGGAAAGGGAGGAGAGAGAGAGAGAGGAAACAGGUAGGGCGGGAAGACGGGAAAUGAGCACAGAAUGUGACGGCUCAAUGUUAAAGGAAGAAUAGUGAAGGAUAAAUGAUGGGGU